AACCGCCCCGUGCCCCUCCUUUCCCAAUCAAUUUCUCUCGCUUUUCCUCUUCUCUCGAACCAAUCGAUGGGGGCUCCUCCUCACCGCCACCGGCGGCCGCACGACGCCGGCUGAGAUCUUCUCCUUCCCAAGCCAAGCACCCUCCUAUAAUCUAUGGGGCCAUGUGAUUCUUGCCCUGCUGGGCCGACGCUCUAUCUCCCUCUCUGGCCGCCCGUUUCUCUCCCGAUGCUGCUGGUGACGCAAUGAGGACCUCGGCGCCCUCCUCUCCCCACGUGUUUCCUGUCAGAUUUAAGUGGAGAGGGCGUGCGUCUGCCGGUGCCUCGCCGGCGUUCUUCCCACCUCUUCCUGGCAUAGCGCGCCUCAGAUCCUUCAGCAAGAUGUCGGUCGCCAUCCGGAGCUCUCCGCGUGGCACCGGCGGCGUCUGCGUCGUCAAUGGAGGCGGCAGCCGGUGGGAGGCGUUCAAGGGCCGGUGGCCAGGAGCCGUGGGGGAGAUCCCCCAUGUGGGGGUGGAGGAUCUCACGCCGGAACGGGGGAUGAGCCAUGGGGAUGGUAGCCGAGGGAGGCUGCUGGUGCGGGUGAGCAAUGGCGGCCGGCAGCGUCGGGCGAGCCACACUUCUCAUGUCCGUCCUGCAGGAACAGGAAUUUAUGGAGAUGCCUUUGCCAGGAAAGUUGAUCUAUUGUUCGAUGUGUACAACAGAGAUUCCUAUGUCCCUGUUCUGCUGCUUUAUUCCUCUGGUUCUGUUGGCAUGCCUUGGACUACUUCAUCAAGGAUUAUUUUCUGUGUUGUUAACUUAGUUUCUUCACACUGCACGUCUAGAUUUCCGUUCAGCGAGGUGUUCCUUUGCACAUAUUUGGUUUAAAAUUUCGCAUUACUUCUCAAAAAAUGGUUAUCUUUGUCACGGGAACAUGGAGAAGGAACUAGAAUGAUAGGAAGCCCCUAUAUAGAAAUUUAUAUGCAUUUCAUCCUCCCAGCCUUCCGAAUCCAUUUGGGAUAGACAAAUGCAUGUGAUACUGUUUGUUAUACAUCACUAUCAGUCUACAAAGAGCAGAUAUGCAUGGCUUUAACCCUUACAAGGUAACUUAUUCCCUAGAUACUUCCAAGAUUUAUCAUCCAUAAGCAACAAAGUCAAACUCAGGUCUGACAGAAAUAUUCCAUAUGCGCAUGUUUUCUUAUCUCUUCGUGGCCAUCAAGAUGUAUGGAGAUGUGAUACAAAGUUGAUUUCCUAAUUCGGACAAUGGACUGUGCAGUGAAUCUCCAAUAAAUCUCGCAUGGAUGAUUACAACUUUUUAAUAUCACGGGCUUCCUAAUUGUUAUACAGUAGUGACAAAAUAUUUCUUUUUGCUACAGCUUUCAUAAUUCUAUACGACUUUCUCAGAAAAUUUAUUUGUUGAUCGGGAAAUACUAGCCUAUCGUCGAAUAUGAUUUCUAUGUGAAGAGGAAUUUUGUAUGCCAUACUUUUGCUUUCAGAAAGAAUUUGAUCAACUGAUGUGCUAUUGUGAUCCUAGAUUAUGUACACCUCCAAUCAUCCACACUAUGGUAAUGCGAGAUGGAGCAGCGGACGCUGUCGACCAGCUCAGCAUGCAGGUCAGCUUCCUCUGAGUCCACAUGUUUGUUCUUUACGGUGCAGUUCUGUAAUUCUCUGAUUUUCUUUACUGUAACCAUGUCUACUAUGACACUACAUUUUGUUUUCAGGUUCUGCUCUUUUUCCAUAUUGAUGUGCUGCUAUGUUAUUUGGCCGGUCAAGGGCAACAGCUUACUAUCUCCUAAUACUUAUUACUGUUAGUUCUAAAAUGGGACUGUUAGUUCUAAAAUGGGAUGUUUACAUGCCAAUGGACGCAGAGAUCUGAAACCAGGCGUCUAUGUUUGGACUGUUUGAAUUUUGGGUUUGCACCUCAUUUUAUUUCCAUUUAUCAUGUAGUACUAAGUUAAAUUUUAUGCUCUGCUGUAGAUUCUUUGGAAGACAGCCAAACAUGGGUACAUGAUGCAUUGUGUGUUUAAAGCUCUGAAAUUAUGUAUAUAUUUUUUAUACCAAGCUCACUUACUGCUUUGGCAAGUAGGUGCUCUUCUCAAUAAACUCUGAAGGAAGAUUGAUUACAACUGAAAAUAUAAUUGAUAAAUAUUAUUUAUGACUUCUUUCAACAUUUUACUGCUCUAUUCCAUAUACCUCUAUUGUACAUCUCAUAUAGAAUGUUGUCGCUGCAGCAGCUCUAAUUACUUAUAGCUAUCAUUCAUGGAUGCAGGUUGGAAGAAAAGUGAGUUUAAGCAUUCUUUUCUGGGUAUAUUUGCACCUACAAGCUUCCUGCACUUGAUGAAAAUGGGGAGCCAACUACAGAAACGAGGAACAUACUGUCUCAUGUUCAGGUGAUAAAUAUUUUUCGUUCCUUUUUGGUUUCUCGGAGAUAAGGUAUGGGUGUCCCCUCAGAUUUAUGGAUAACGAUAUCACCUGUGUUCAUAGGUUUUACGCAUGAGAGUGUUGUUAUUCUCCCUGUGUGAUUCUGUAUGAAUAGUGUUGGAUUGGUCUUUUGUGUCGCUUAAUACAAACAGUUUUCCUGCUCAUCUAGCUUAAGGGAUGAAAAUUUCUUCCAGUUCAUAUGAUGUUGCAGAGUUUUCCUCUUACAAGACAUACCAGACAUAGUGUUCAUCUUGAUUUGUAAACUAUCUAAAUACCACUACUUGAUGUAUUAUGUAUGCUGAUCUUAUCUUAGAUGGGUUCUUCCUAUAGAUGAUGCUGUCAUUUUGAUCCAAAAAUUAUCAAUGAUAUGCAUGAGAGUAGGAACUAAUAUCUGAAAUCUCUCACAGGAACAAAGCCAAAUUCAGGCAGUCAACUUGGACUUCUUACAUCUACUGUCUAUACACGUUUGGUGUCUAGGAUACUAAUAGGAGAUGCUUUAGUUUAUAGAUAAUGCCAUGGCUAUUUCACAUGUACUUUCCCUCAUUCACGGUAUGUCGCAGCAGGACCUCUGUGUUCUCUGAAUUAUGUUUAUGGUAUUGUCCCUGACCCAGCUAAUCGAUUUGCUCAACAA